GCAUUACAACAAACCAACCAGCCAUCCCCAUUCCAACUAUUCAAAAUGGCACAAGCGCCCACGGAAGUGCCUGUAGAACAGACGCCGAAAUCAUUUGAGUCCUCAACCUGGGCAACUGCGAGCGGAAGUGCCUCAGAGAAGGAAAGGAAGGAAAACAAGUCAUUUGAACGCUGGAGAAAGACUCUCUCACUUAUUACUGGUAUUGGUCUAACCCCUGAAGAAUUCCAAGCUGAGGUUGAUAAAGCAGAUCGAAAGCAAUGUGAGCUUCACAAAGAGCGUCUUAUUAAGAGCAAUAAAUCUGGUGGAUUCUCCAAAGAUCAUGGUAUCAUGCUUUGUCAAAAUGGAUUUUUCAGUAAAAAACACCAGGAGCACACAAUGAUUCAUGAGAUGAUACAUAUGUAUGACCAUUGUGUCUUUAAUGUCGAGUGGGACAACCUUCGUCAUCAUGCGUGCAGUGAGAUUCGUGCAGCUGCACUAAGUGGAGAUUGUAACUGGUUGCGUGAGGUGAGACGUGGAAAUUAUACGUUUACAAAGCAACAUCAAGAGUGUGUAAAGCGACGCGCUAUUCUUUCGGUCGAGGCCAAUCCUGAAUGUCCAUCUCGCACUGCAGCAGAAAGAGCUGUUAACGGAGUACUAGUCUAUAACAAACUCUUCUCGUUUGCAUGGUUAUGA